GAGCCCUUUACUCAGCCAAAAACAGUACGGGACAUGGAUGAUUGCUCAGUGUGGUUUUAAGGUUUGCCCGAAUGCCAUCAGGACGGGAACGAAUUGACGUGGAAGGGGGAAAAUUGGUUUGAAUCAUGUCUACUCUAAAGGACGAUGAAGAAUAUAUUUUUGACCAUCGCAUGGGUAUGCGAUUGAGAAAACCCAAAGUUCCAGUGGAAACGUCUAAAGGCGACAUUCCGAAAGCCAAAGAGCUAAAGGAUGGAAUUCGUCAAAAGGUGAUCAGCAGCGUGAGUGCCAAGAAAAUCUUCGAAGACUAUGAUUGUAAUCGCAUCGAGGAAAAGAUCCAAGAUCUUUUUGAUCAAGUGGAGACGGGUGAAUUCCGUCGUAGCACUAUCGAAAAGACACCUCUCCGAACAAGACUCAUCUUUGGAGAGGGGUUCAUGUACGGUCAUCAAUUAAACAAUCCUGGUGCCAGGAAUGCCAAGCUCUAUCCCAAAGAUGAAGUGGACCCCAUUCCCGCGUGGAUGAUGGAUUCGAUAGUGCGACCCAUUGUUCAAGUGGGGAUCAUUCCGAAAGAUUUCGUGAACUCGGUCGUGAUUACAGAAUAUUUGCCAGGAGCAUGCUUGACUUCACAUAUAGAGCCUUCGCAUAUUUUUGACAGGCCCAUAAUCACGACAUCGUUUGUGAGUAAUACAGAAAUUAGUUUUGGGUGCAAGUUCACUUACGAAGAGCCAUCGAAGGCCAGUGAACCCGUGGCCACGGUCCCUGUCGUUCGUGGAAGCGUUCUGGGCAUUGGUGGGUAUGCGGCCAAUCAAAUCUCGCAUUGCAUUCGCAAAACCCAGGCGGACGCCCGACGGGUUGUCAUCGUCCUCAAAAGCGUCUUGCCAAACGCUCCCAGACUCACCUACGAAGAAUUGGAUAAGAUUCGAGACGCACAAGGUGAUUCGUCAGACACGGCCUUGAGUUGUCCAGAAGACACGCCCGUUCGAGACGAACCAAAGACUCAGUCUCGUUCCAAGGCUCGAGGUCGAUCUCGAUCCCGGUCUCGGUCUCGAUCUCGGUCUCGAUCUCGGUCUCGAUCCCGGUCUCGAUCCCGGUCUCGAUCUAGGUCCUUUGACUCAUCUGCAUCUCAAUCGUCGUAUUCGGAUUCAUCAACGAACUCUUUUGGUAACCGAUACGGAUAUCGACGACCAAGAUCACGAACGCCCCGAAGGUCAUCUUACUCAAGAUCCUAUCGAAGAAGUCGUUCUUGGUCACGAUCCAGACGAGGAUCACUUCGAUACACCUCGUCCAGCUUAUCUUCCAGGUCCAGAUCACGAUCAAGGUCAAGAUCCAGAUCAAAGUCCAGAUCUAGAUCAAAAUCUAGAUCCAGAUCCAGAUCCAGAGGAUCCUAUCGAAGAUCUCGACGUUCGCGUUCUAGCUCGUCUUCGUCGUCGCGUGAGAGGCAUCAAAGGAAAUCAAGCCCAAGCAACCAUUAUCGGACGAAUAAAACCUUUGGUCGAAAAACCAAUCCAUAUCAACCUCGCCCCGGUCAAAGAAAGCUCAAUGGCAGAAGAAACCUGGUUGAAAAGCCCCCAGCAUCACCGGGUGAUGGGUCCUCUUCAUCGGCAGAAAUCAUAGAGGAAAUAUUUCCCACCAAGUAUAAGCCUCUCACAAAACCGUUGGAAGAUCGCGAAACAAUCAUUAAUAGGGCAUUGAAAACGCUCGCCAAAAAUGAAAGAUAUUUGCUCAAGAAAAAUAAGGCUAAGACGCCGCCCCAAAGCUCGAUUCACGUCAAGAAUAUGGUGGAGCAUAAAAUCAAAAUUAGCUUGCAGCGAAAUCAAAAACCCGAGCCGGAUUCCAGUAGUAGCUUUACGGGGAGCGAUCUCUUAACUCCCAAGCCACUGACCUUGAAGGAAAGACUCAUGGCCUUUGAAGAAAAAGAGCAGCUUUGUAGCAAGGCCAUCUCCACCACCAAACCCGAGGCAAUAAGCCCAAGCCCCAAACUUGAGACCAAAUCUCCAGUUCUUCAACCUGAGACUACCUGUUCCUCUCCUCCCCAUGCGAUAAAAAGUCCUUCACCAAUGAUUGAGACCACUUGUCCAAGUCCUCCAACGGAGCCCACGUGUCCCAGUCCCCAAGUUGCGCCCCGAACUUCCAGCCCACAAGCUGAGGAAUUGCCCAAUGUGCUACAAGCCAGCAGUGACGAUCAGGAGUGCCCUUCUCCUCCAGAGAGCCCGGACCUUUACCAGAUAGCUUUAUGCUCCAUAACCAGAGAGCCGGAAUCUCGCGUCCCAACUCCCGGAACUCCAAGUUUUGACAUUUAUCGAACCGACGAUGACGAGGACUACGGGGACGAGGAAGAAGAAGAGGAAGAAGAACCCCAGCCCAUGCCACCUGAAAAUCAAAACCUCCCGCCUCUGGAAGAGGAAGAAGAUCGGUUGCCCCUCAUUCUACCAAACGACACGGACGACUCCACGCCCCUAAUCGCCGCCUUGGCCGAUUCCUACAAAAUCAAUACCAUGAAGAUCAUGAGGCGGAUUGAGAACUCGAACCGAACUGGCGAAAGCGACGACAACUCCCGCGAUCAGUUGCACAAACGGCUGAAUCUGGUGGAUCUUAAGCAAGAACCGCAACCCACUGAGAACACAGUAAUGGAUCAAUGCCUCACUGAUGAGGAAGACUCCAAAGAAAUGGUUCAAUCCCAAAUUAAGAGAAUGCAGAAAUCGCAUGAAAAGCCUGUCGAGACCGAGGAUGAUAUUGAAAAGAUUCUACGGGAAUACAAGCUUGAUUUGGAGUAUGAGAAGAUCUUAAGUGAGAUUCACGAGUUGAAACAAAAGUUGAAACAACAAAAAGCGCGGGCAAGAGCCAUUCGGAUUAAGCGCUACAGUGUUGCCAAUGGACAUUUGCCGACAAAAAAUCAGAAAUCGAGAUUGGACUCGUCAGCCUUCAUACAACGUAAAGGAAAACGGUCCAAGCGGAAGGAAAAAGAGGCUCGUCUAAGGGCUAAAUUAAAGUCACGAUUACGUCGUGAAGUCACUAAAAUAAGACCCUUGGAUGAACGUGAUUCUAGUGAGGCAGAAUUGGAGGUCAGGCGCUCGAGCAAGAUAUCUAAAAAGCAAGGGCUCAAAAUGAAGUACGGCACAUCCGAUGGGACCACUUCAGAAUCCGAUGAUUUCAACGACGACAUUACCCUUACCGGCCGACGAUCGAAAAGGAUGAAAUUGCAUCGCUUUAAUUUUGAGCCUUCAAAUAGUGAAGAUGAUAAUAUUUUUGAGUCCUGCUCAGAAGCUCAAGAUAAGAAAUCGGUGCCGAAUGUCACCGAUUCCUCUACCCGAUUAGUUCGCAUAAAGGAAGAAGUACCCGACGAAGUACCCUGUGUAGACGUGGAAUGAUAUCUUUCUAUAUAUGGUUUGUACACAAUGUGAUCAAAAUAGAGUAUCUUUAAAUAUCAAAACCAGAGCGAUCUUGUUGCAGUAAAUAAGUAUCCCCGCUUACUGAUCAUGUCCAUUUUUUACAAUACAUUGCUUUGUUCUCAAUGCCAGGUGUAUGUCAUACAAAUUGCAAACUUAUCUACUGGAAAUAAAGAUACCGUCACCCUUGGCCUUACAAGUGGCCUUCGAUGUUUGGUUACCUCCUUUCUCCACUUCCUUGGUCUUCCUCUGUGUUAGGCAUGUUAGCUGUUCCAGGUCACGAGGUCUCGACAGGGCCUUUUUUCAAGUAAGCUGCUUCGUCUGUUUGGUCCUCUCCGCCAAAGAGGACGACCAUGAACGGGCCUAUCUCUCCCAAAGGAUUGCUGGAACGUCAGUCACGACCAAUUUCCAAUUGACGACUGCCAAUCUUUUUCUUGUUCAAAAAUGGCUCUGCAGGAAUGAUGGGCGAAGAAAGAUCAGUCUUCUGCUCAAAACCAGCCAUUAGGUUGUUUCCACAAACCACUAGCUUUAAGGAUCUUUAUUCUAUCACAUAAAAAUACUCGGGAUGUGUAUUGAAGAAAACCACGUAGUUAGGCUUCACAAUUGCUUGCAUAAUUCAAUUUCAUGUCUUACAACCCUUCUUCCAGUUCACGACCUUUGCUAACCGCUCACAAUUUUUGCACAAUUCAUGCCCCUAGAAAUAUUUCAAGUGGGGCAUGUCACCAUCUAGGAGAGUAGAAAUGAAAUGUUCAUUGAACCCCUUUUAUCACUGAAUGAUACGGAACAGCCAUGCCAACUAAUGUCAAUGCAAUAAGGAUUUAAUUUGAAAUAAAUGCCAUUUUCGGUUUAAGUCAUGUU